CCCUAGAAGCAGCUACCAUAUCCAUUGGUUGGAACUCUUGAAACACAAAGGAUGCAGUGAAGGGCAACUGCAAAAGUACACCAACCUGGCGCCGUGCCAGGAGCUUUCUAGAAGAGGAGUGGCCUGUCCCACGGUUCCGCUUCGGCUCUUCAAGCUUGUAUGGUGCAGAGGCCGAUACAUCUGAAGAUUGCACCUUCGGAAGAUAGCUCAAGUCCGCUGUGGUCACUGUGCACGAGUUCGCUUGCAUGGACCUCGGUCUGCAAUUUUUCUCUAGACGCUCGUCUGCACUUGGGUGCGAGCCUUUCCCGUGCAGUUUAGCGCAGACAUUUAGCUCGCUUAUUUAGGAGCCGUGCAUUCGGCUUUUCCCGAACGCUAUCGACAAUGUCGAGCACUAUCCUUGGCCGGGUGACCGGCAAGACCGCUGCCAAGGGCGGCGUGAGCCGGAGCAGGCGCAGCGUGGUUGUUCGCGCUGCCAAGGAGCUGCACUUCAACAAGGACAUGCAAGCGCUGAAGCGUAUGCAGGCGGGUGUGGACAAGUUGGCGACUGUGGUUGGCGUCACCAUCGGCCCCAAGGGUCGCAACGUGGUGCUUGAGUCCAAGUUUGGUGCGCCCAAGAUCGUGAACGACGGCGUGACCAUCGCCCGCGAGGUGGAGCUGUCUGACCCUGUGGAGAACAUUGGUGCCACCCUGGUCCGCCAGGCCGCCGCCCGCACCAACGACACGGCGGGCGACGGCACCACCACCGCCACCGUCCUGUCCGCCGCCUUCAUCGCUGAGGGCAUGAAGAUCGUGUCGGCAGGCACCAACCCCGUGCAGCUGGUUCGCGGCAUGGAGAAGACCGUGCAGGAGCUGGUCAAGGAGCUGCGCAAGAUGUCCAGCGUGGUCCAGACGGACAAGGACCUCGCCAACGUGGCGUGUGUGUCGGCGGGCGGCAACACAGACAUCGGCAGCCUCAUCAGCGACGCCAUGGCCAAGGUUGGCCGCACGGGUGUGGUGACCAUGGAGGAGGGCAAGACGGCUGAGGACCAGCUGGUGUUUGUGGAGGGCAUGCAGUUCGAGCGCGGCUAUACCUCGCCCUACUUCGUCACUGACCCCGAGCGCAUGAUCUGCGAGUACGAGAACUGCAAGAUCCUGCUUGUGGACAAGAAGAUCUCCACCGCUCGUGACAUCAUCACCAUCCUGGAGUCCGCCAUCCGCGGCAACUACCCGCUGCUGAUCAUGGCCGAGGAGGUGGAGCAGGAGGCGCUGGCCACCCUGGUGGUCAACAAGCUGCGCGGCACGCUCAAGGUUGUUGCCAUCAAGGCCCCCGGUUUCGGCGAGCGGCGCUCCAGCUACCUGGAGGACAUUGCCAUCCUGACCGGCGGCACCGUGGUGCGCGACGAGAUGGGUGUGAGCCUGGAGCAGGCCACGGACGCCGUGCUGGGCACAGCGGCCAAGAUCACUAUCACCAAGGAGCGCACCACAGUGGUGGGUGACGGCUCCACCGCCGCCGACGUGGCGGCGCGUGUCAAGCAGAUCCGCAACCUGCAGAUGCAGACCGACCAGGACUACGAGCGCGAGAAGCUGCAGGAGCGCAUCGCGCGCCUGUCGGGCGGCGUGGCCAUCAUCCAGGUGGGCGCGCAGACGGAGACGGAGCUCAAGGAGAAGAAGCUGCGCGUGGAGGACGCGCUGAACGCCACGCGCGCCGCGGUGGAGGAGGGCGUGGUGCCGGGCGGCGGCUGCACGUUGCUGCGCCUCAGUGAGAAGGUGGACGUCAUCAAGCGCCGCAUGACCGACCCCGAGCAGCAGAUGGGUGCCGACAUCAUCAAGCGCGCGCUGUGCUACCCCAUCAAGCUCAUCGCGCAGAACGCCGGCGUCAACGGCAGCGUGGUGAUGAACGAGGUGAUGAAGAACCUCGACAGGCCGCACUACGGUUACAACGCCGCCACGGACAGCUUUGAGAACCUCAUGGAGACAGGCAUCAUCGACCCCUCCAAGGUGGUCCGCUGCUCCAUGGAGAACGCCGUGUCGGUGGCCAAGACCUUCCUGCUGGCGGACGUGGUGGUCACCGAGUUGAAGGAGAUCGAGGCGGGAGCUAAGCCCAACCCCGUUGCGCCUGGCGCCGCCGGCUUCGGCGGCGGCCUGUAAUGCGGCAUUGCGCGGCGUCAGGAUAGUGGGUGCUGUGUGAGGGGUGGGUGGGGUUGGGGCAGGGAGGUUUGUUGGAUCGGCUGCAGCGGCUAGGCGGCGGUGCUGUAGCAGUGGUUGGAAAGGUGGCAAUGGGCAGAUUGCGAUCGGUUGCAAGCGCCUGUGCGGGAUGGCGUGAGGGCUGUGGCGGUGGAUGUGGUUGCGGUUACCGUGCUAGGGCUGUAGCACAGUGGAGGCGAAGCCGCGAAGGGGCUAGAGCUAGCUAGAGCUAGAGACGACCGCGAGUCGGAGGAGGGGCCCAAGACCCUCGAGUGUUAUCCGGGCGCGGCAUGUGCGUGGAUUUUUGCCGGUAUGACUUGUGAGCGUGUGAGAGAGAGAGUGCAGCAGUGUGGUCGGGGAUUCGGCAGCAAUGCGGAUGGGGGGCGUGGCACGAACAGGAGAAUUUCGAGGUGAGAGCCCUGGAGUGUCUUAUGGUGCAAUGCACAUGUGGCACUUUCGCAUGGCGGUGACAAGGCACGGCGCGUUGACCUGGCUUGAGUGAUGCUCAGAAAGCAUGAGAGUUGGGCCCCCGCUAUGCUGCGGCGGGUGGGAAGUGACAGGCCUGCGAGAGCCAAGUGUCCUGCAAGGCGCGUGAACGGUAGGACUGAUGACUGUGUAAUCCUCUGAAAGAUUG